AUGAAAAUAUCAUUUGCAAAUAAAGCUAACAUUGUGUUAAACAAGAUCAUAUGCCUAUUUCUUACUGAUAGGAUUUCUAAUUAUUAAAACAUUUCUUUUCCAAUUUUUGAUCCUGUUUAUUUUGAAUACUGCAAGGACACUUACUAAUUAGUGUUGUUGCAAUUUCCAAUAAUCAUAUUAAAAAUAGUAUAGAGAGACUUAAACAUGGAGAAAAAUCAAUAAAAUAUAAAAUCAGAAAGAAUUUAAUUACUAUAAUCAGAAUAAUCUGUUUCAACAUUAUUACUCUUUUUAAAUAUUAUACUUACUUCAUUUAAAAUUCAUUAGCAAGAGGGCCUUUUAUUAAUAUCUAGAGUAUAAUUUUGA